CUGCUGCUAGAUGGCUGUUUUCCUGGUACGGUGCUGUGGCUCUGUCUCUGCUUCCUCUUGGCAGAACUUUAUGCUCAGGCAUGCUGUUUGCUUCUGAGAAGUGGGGCGAGGAGUAUGGACGCUCUUUGAUUGAAGAUGAGGUGUGUCAGUGAUGGAGGAGAUUUGAUGCAUGCCUGUGGCUUUGUGGCCAGAAGCACUCCUGGAUUUAUCAGCAUAGAAGAGAUGAACCCAGGUAACCAGCCAGGUGGCUUCUUGAGAUGAUAAAUUGGAGGAAGAUCAGGAGGUAGCAACACCACAACCACUUCUCACCUGUUUCACCUGAAGAAAGCAUUGGAUUGAGACUCAGAAGCCCUGACCCGUACCUUUGGUGACUGUUCCAGACCAGGUGCAUGACUGUAGGUUUGUGAGAGACCAAAUAGGCGAAGAACAGAGCAGGCUGGGUGACAAGACUGACCCUGUGAUGAAGAACUUGAGGAAGAAGAGUUGGACCAGAGACCAGGUAAAGAUGCUGCAGUUCCAGCUUGCUGUGGUCCAUCUGGCCCUUGUCAUCACCCUGCUGCAGUGGCAUACUAGCUCAUUGCUCCUUGCAGAGGCAGCUCCAGAGCCUUUGGAGCCUUCUGCUGCUCUGGACAUGGCAACGCAUCCUACUGCCAGUGAGGAGAAGUCAGCCUCCAGCCUGGCAGCCAAACUGCUCCUUCUUGAUGAGCUGGUGUCUCUGGAGAACGAGGUGACUGAGACAAAGAAGAAAAGGAGUUUUCCAGGAUUUGGUUCCCCAAUCGACAGAAUUUCUGCGACAUCUAUGGAUGCUAAAAGCAAACAGAGGAAAGUAGUUGAGCUGCCUAAGAGACGGUUUGGAGUUCCUCUUGAUCGGAUCGGAGCGAGUCGUCUUGGCAACACCAAGGGUUCUUCCGAAUGAUUGAUGCCAUACAGGAAACAUCACAAAUGUGGAAGAUGCAUCAGAGCACAUCUUGUCGUUGACUAAUGAUUCAACACUCAAGGAAUUGACUUCCCGCAAAACCUUCUUCACAUUGUGUUUUACAAACAUUGCAUUUACAAAUAGUAACUAAUUCAGUUCAUCAGAUCAGAAUGCUCUCACAGAUGAGCACAGUGCCACUGAUAGGAGGAGACAGGAAAAAAAAUGCAUGGUUAAAUCGUACUGCAUUUAUCUCUUAAACCUGCAGAAGUCCAUUCUCCUAGCAAGGACUGUUCGAAUUUUUGGAUUUAAAAUAAAACUCUCUGAAAAGCCAGCAGCAGUCCAUGAAAUGCAGGCGGUUUGCUUUGCACAGAUCUUUCAAGAGGGUAUUUUUCUGUUACAUUAGGGGAGGAUUUAAUAGUUAUGGGACAAAUCCAUAUUUUGUUUGAGCUGCUGUUUGGGAGAAGACACUGAUAUCAUUAGGAGUUAAUCUGAAUAAGUAGUAAGAAAAAAAUCUGAGGAUUUGCUCUGAUGCUUUUAACAGUCUUCCUUGUAUCUCUGCACCAAAUUUAGAAAUGUUUUCAUUGUACAGCAUAUCCUGACAUGUGGCGAGACUGUCAGCUUCCUCCUGUAAGCUAACAAAUGCAUUUCAGUCCUCCCUAUGCAUAACAUAGGAUAGCGUCCAAAUAUGAAGUCAUCUACUUCCUAGGCCAUCUGCAUUGUAUGCCUUAUUUUAGUCUCUUGGUGUGUGCAUAGGGCGUAAUCACAUAUGCAACUGUAAAAGUUCAAGCAUCUCUUAGACUGAUAACAUGUAAACGUGUGCCUGUUCUCUCUAUUUCAAUUCAGAGUAAAACAGGUUAUCUUAAAUUCUGCUUCAUUGCUUUUCACUUCUUUCCAGAUUAUGAAAUACAGCUGAAAAGAGCUGUUGGCUGACAUCUCGGUGCUCAGAUUCCAAACUGAUCUCUUUUAAACCUCCUUGUUAGACUAUAGU